UUCAACUGAAUCUAAUUAAAAUUUGUUAGUCCUCGAAACCAUUUCUCAACUAUUUUUCUACUUAUAUUAUUCAUUUACUAUUGAAUUCAAUUAUAAGGAAUUCUUCCAUCAAACUAACUCUUCAUCGACCCACAAAUCCUUGUAGAUGUGCUUUCCCCCUCCAUCUAGCUCUAAGAGACUGACCAUUGGUCAACAAAUACAUGUAUUCGGAAUAUAAACAGUUUCUAAGUGUUACAAUUCAAUCUUUUUUUCCCUUGUCCAAUACCAAUAUGGCGACUUAGUACCAUUAUUAAUAGAGUGAAGUGUUUUAAAAAAUAAAAAAAAUAAAAACGAAAGGGUAAUUUUAAUAGUUCGAAGUUUGCUUCUAAAAUGCAAAGAUUAAAUAAUGUUUAAAACUAUAAUGCGCUCAAUUAGUACUAUAAUAUCAUUCAGUGUCAUUGGGUUCAAAAACAGCCAGGAUAGGAUUGAAAUGGUGUGAAUAGCUUUCGCAACGUGUACAAUAAUACAUUUAUAAAAAAAUCAACUGACUUGGUGAUACUAAGAAAUAACGUAUAAUUGAAUUUAGAUAAAUUUUAGCUGAUGCCAUUGGAAGUUUUGUUCUAGCUGAAUAGUAAAACUGCGGAGAAAAGUAAGUGAUGGCAACUGCUGAAGAUUCUCAACCUGAAAUGUAUCUAAAUUUUUACAAUGCUGGACAAUCGAAGUUACUCUACGUAACGGAUUCCAUAAGUCCUAGCCCAUCAGCUCAAUCAGAAAACUCAAUUGAAUGCUCCAAGGAGCCACAACAUGAUGAUCAGGAUAGCAGCACUGGAACAUGCGAUGAUGAUGAACAUGAUAAUGAGGAUGAUGAUGAUGAUUCAACUCAGGAGUUGACAAACUUAACUUGGUUAACACAAUUAAAAAAUCUAGUUGAAUGGCCAAAUUCAGUUAAUCCUAUUCUGGAUGAUGAUGCUUUAGAUAGCCAUUCUGCCGGAAAAUCUACUAAUGUACCGGGUUCAGUGCCAUCGCUUACAAAAAAAGAUACAUUAAAUGAUCGUUUUCAACGAUUCGUAGGCCAAGCAAAACAAAAUUGGGAAAAUUAUAAUAAAUCAGCGGAAUUAUAUCAAAUGGAUACGACUGAUAAACCACCUUUCAAUUAUGCUCAAAUGAUUGCAAUGGCAAUGCUUGAAAACGGACGUAUGACAUUGCAACAUAUAUACUCAUGGAUCCAGAGUAAAUUUGGUUAUUACAGGGUUCGAAAUAAUUGGAACAAUUCAAUUCGUCAUAACCUUUCAUUACAAUUUUGUUUUCGUAAAAUCGAUCGUAACGUUUAUAACAAAGGUGAUGGCAAAGGAGGCUACUGGGAGCUAGGAAUUGAUGCAAACAAGAGCGAACGUAAACGUAUUCGCAAUCGUAGUCGUGUUCGCACAUCAAUAUCAUCCCCAAAAAGUUCUGAAUCUCCGACCAUUGCUGAAAAACGACGGAAGUGCUGUAACGAUCGGCCUCAUAUCACGUCUAUUAAUUCUAAACAUUUGACAAAUCAAGAUGUAAAUCUUAUAAUAGACGAUUUUGCCGGUAGCCAAAACAACAAUUAUCUCUUCAAUCGAACACUGAAUAGUAUAAAUGCUUCGAUAAGUGUUGAUCACACCCUGCAUGUAGACGAUAUUGGCAUAGGGAGUAUCAUCGAAGUUGAUCAGCAAAUUGCUCAAGUAGUUGCGGCCCAGAAUACGCAUGAUAUCGCCAAUCAAGAACAAAAUCAUCAUCAAAUUAAUCUUAGCCAGACAUCGAAUGAAUUUCAUGUAUUGGGCGAUAUAACGAAUGGUGACUAUUUAAAUAUAAAUACGUUGGAUUUGAUGUCUUCCGCUGAUGAUAUGUUCGAUAGUGAUAGUUUCGCACCAGCUAGUGCAUCCGAUGGACUAUCGACAGUAUCAGCUAAAGAUUCAGGCGUGCCAGAACUCAUAACUACCAUGGUUACAUCAAUGGCAAUGGACAGCCAAUGUGGUAAUGAGAUAUAUCUAGCAAGUGAAGUACCACAACCAAGCGCGAAUGUCGUCAUAUCAGCCCUGAACCCAUAUGGUGAUGAGGGCGCAGCAUUUCGGAAUAAUCAGACAGUAACAAAUGUAGUCAUUGAAGAUGUAGGUACAACAUAUACAGGAUGCUCGCCGGUACAAAAUAAAAAUGAUCACGAAGGGAAUGAUGAUGAAACCAAUUUGAUAAAGUCAUUUGAUUUCGCUGGCAUUGAUGAGGAGUUCGAAUUGCUUCCUAGUUGUAGUACACCCCAACAUGUAAAUCGUGAUGACUUCAUUGAAGUCUUAUAUGAUAUCUCAACACAUCAUCAGGACUAUUGAGUUUAUAUUGGAGUUUAUGUUAGUAGUUUUGUCCUAAAGAUUCACAAAGUUAAAUGCAGAAAAAAAGCAGAGAAACGCGAUAUUUAAUAUACAUGGAUUGUUCUUUAUAAAACUGGUUAAUAAUUUCUAGACACUUUAUUUUCCUUUACAAAAACCCUAAUCCUUUUUUUGCUUAAGUACCGUGUAAAAUUAAAACAAUUCGUUGAAUAAGCGAGUUCAAAAUGUCAGAUAGAUUUGAAAAGCGUAGCUACUAAGCCUAUGUCUCAAAGAUUCAUCAAAACUAGAAACAGCUCUUUCAUAAAAUUAAUUUACGCUUAACACUAAUCUGAGGCUAGAAAUAAUUCCAUCAGGAAGUCGUCCUAAGCUACUUUUUGUAAUCCACUCGUCACUGUUUAAUGAGGACAACCCCUCAUAAGAAAAUACACCAAAUUCGCAGAGAACUCUAUUUCAAUUUGGCAUGUUCAAUGUAGAUCUCGUUUUAUACUACACACUAGUAAUUAGUGAAGCGCUGAAAACCAGGAUCUCAGUUUAUCUUUUUUAGAGUUCCAGAAUUUUCAUCUUUAAAAAAGAUUUUUUUGCUCAAGAUCGCCUUUUCUAGCUAAAAAAAUAUCUAUAUGGCGAUAGUAGCUGUCUAAACCGACUUGGUUUCGUAUUAAUCUCUCAAUGUCGUGCUCCUAGUAAUAAUCCAGGUUGUGUCAUGGACCUUUAAGUCCGGCUUUCUGCUUGUCCUGGCGCUGUAGCCUUACAACUGUAUAUUAUAAUUUUCAUUAAAAUGAAAUUAAAGUACAGUCUCAUUGAGAAGGAGCUAAGAUAAAAUAACAAUAAGAGAAAAGACUGUCUCCACAAAGGAGUGAACAGAUGACAAUUUUUCCUUUCUUAAUUUCGUGACCGGGCCUAUGGGGCAUAUCUUGAAGAAGUAUUACUAUAUAUUACUAUACCACAAAUUAUCUCAAUAUGGGUAGGACAGAUUUAAAAACUGAAAGACAUAGAAAUGAACACGUUCAUCAAUUGAAAAAUAACAUUUUCGAGAUAAUAAUGCUCAAUUAUUAUAAUUAUCAUAAAUAGAUCAUCAAAAAAUGCUCCUUUUAGAAGUAUUUUAGGUUUACAACUGUCGAAAUAAUAGUAGAAUUCUUUCUAAUAUGAAAAUAUGUAUAAAUUAUUUGACAUAGACGUUGCCAAAUGGGAUUGAUCAAAUAACAUGAAAUGUAUUUAAUUUAAUCAACAAAUAAAUGAACAACAUUAUAAACAAAAAAUAA